GAAACACGUAGAUCAGCCUUUUAUCAUAGCCUGUUGGACUUUUGCCAUUACGUAAAUAAGGUGCGUAACCUUUAACAAUGGGCGUGGCUUCCUGAUGCAUCUCUGCUGCUCAAUGCGGAACAAAUACAGAACUCCGGAACUCAAGAUUCCUGACAAUCUGCUGGAAGUUUCCAAGGGUUUUUGGGACGUGUGUUUUCCUUGUCACAUAAAAUAAGCACAACCAUGUGGCCAAAUCAAGGUCCUCCCCCUCCGAUGGGCCCCCAAAACCCUGCCUACCCACCUGGCUACAACCCUGCCUAUCCUGCUGCACCUCCAUCAGGGGGACUAUUUCCCCAACCUGCACACCCAGCAUACCCGGCUGGGCAACACCCUGCAGGACCAUAUCCGGCAGGACAAUAUCCGGCAGGACAAUACCCGGCUGGGCAAUACCCGGCUGGGCAAUACCCGGCUGGACAAUACCCGGCUGGACAAUACCCGGCUGGCAUGAACCCAGCCAUGGGACCAAAUGUACAUCCAGGGGCGAUGCCUUAUGGAGCUCCUGGCCAGCAUCCUUAUCCUAUGGCUCCAGGUGGAUAUCCAGUCCCUCCUGGGGGUGUUCACCCAGGUCCAUACCCCCACUCUCCAAAAGGUGGUCACCAUAAAGGCCACAAAGGUGACCACAAAGGUGACCACAAAGGCCACAAAGAUGACCACAAAGGUCAUCAUCAUGGAGGCCUAAAUCCCAUGGGUAUGGGGGGAAUGGCUGGAAUGGGAAUGGCUGGAAUGGGAAUGGGGCUGGCCGGGCAUAAAGGCCACAAAAAGAUGAAGAAGAUGAAGAAGAUGAAGAAAGCACAUAAAGGGGGCAAACACGGCAAGUCCUCCAGCAGCAGUAGCAGUAGCAGCAGCAGCAGCAGCAGCAGUGACUAAGACUGUGGCUUCCACUUUGAGGGAAGGCUUUCACAGAAAUGUCACUUUACAAAAGGACUAUUAACAAUAAACACACAAAGGUCAUAAUUAACACUUUUAAUAGAAUGUAAAAAAAUGCGUCACAGAACACUUCCAUAGCAUUUAGCUUUACUUGCAUUCCAUCAUGUCUUACAUCUUUUUUUGGUUUGUGGGUGUUUUAUUACAAACAUAUUGUGACAUAUUGAAAUUAUUUCCAAAGUGUGUUAUGCUAUAUUAAAAAAAAAUCUUACAUUGUAAUUUUGUAAAAUAAAUUGUGUAUAUUGUAUUUUUUUCUUCUUUAGGAAGAUUAAUAAUAUAGAUACUGAAGCUUUUUAUGUAUGCCUAUUGAUUUGUUUUCCUUCUACAACACAUGACUGCAGAAAUCGUUAUUCUGCAUUGCUUUGUAUCAUCACUAAUUGUAUUUACAUAUAAAGGUUAUUCAACUAACCUUCUCAAUAAAUAAAUUUAAAGGAAAAAUCUA